AUGAAAGUGGGAGAAUUGAUGUCCAAAGGAGAGUGUCUCAAGAUAGAGUUUCAGGUCAUUUCAGUGCAAUUUCAUUUAAUUUAUCACACUGUCUCUUUUGUCUCUCUGCAGAACUCCAUCCGUCACAACUUGUCCCUCCACACGCGUUUCAUUCGGGUGCAGAAUGAAGGGACAGGGAAGAGCUCCUGGUGGAUGCUGAACCCAGAUGGAGGGAAGAUGGGCAAGGCCCCACGCCGACGAGCAGUCUCCAUGGACAACAGCACUAAAUAUCUAAAGAGCAAAGGCCGCAUUAGGGGCAAGAGGGUUGGACGUCCUGGGGUAGGAGCUGGGUCUGCUGUUGUGGGGCUCCAGGGUUCCCCUGACCAUGGCAGCCCACCACGUAAAGGCCUCCCAGUUGCUGGAGGUACAUCCGGGACAGAUGGAGAGUUUGAUGCCUGGACAGAACUUCACUCGAGGGCCAGUUCAUCAGCCUCCACCCUGAGUGGGCGUCUGUCACCCAUCCUCGCUGAGGGAGAACCAGAGGAACCAGAGGAGGGAGGCCUGUCUUGUUCCGCCUCACCCCAUCUCUACCCCUCACCGACCAGUGCCCGGUCUCCAUCCAUGGGGGCAGGGAAUCGUUGUCCUCCCCUUGAGCAGUUGCCUCAGCUGGCUAACCUGACAGGUGCCAUCAGUCUUGAUGAACAGCUGAUGGAGGAUGGUUAUCAUCACCAUCACCCACAGCAACAACACCAACAGCAUCCUGCUGUUGGGAGACAUAAGCACCAAACCCCUGUCUACCAUUACAGCUCUGGAGUGAAGGGGCAGAACUCCUAUGGCGUAAGUGUGUAUGGUGCAGCAGGAAUGGGGAUGCUGCGCCACCACUCACCCAUGCAGACCAUUCAGGAGAACAAGCCAGCCAGUUUUUCCGGAACCAUGCGGGCAUACUCCAGCACCAAUGCCCUGCAGAGUCUGCUAACAGGGGGGUCAGCUGGGCAGCAAUACUGUGCCAAGGACAUGAUGCUGGGACAGGAGCGAGAGAGCCAUCCCAUGAUGGGCCAAGCUUGUAAUGGAGUAAGCUCCAACCAUCACACCCACCACCCUGGACACCACAAUGGUCACAGCCACAGCCACAAUGGACCUCUUAGUCACAGCUCAACCCAUAACCAUAACAGAACUCACAACCAUACUCCUACUCAUAAUCACAACAAUGUAACCAACCACAACUCACCUCACAGCCUCACUCGCAACGGUCACAACCUCAGCCAGAGCCAUAACCACACACCACCCGGGGCACCAGCCCUGACCCCACGUGGCAACAGCAACCAGCUGCAGACCUACAACCACAAAGCUCCCUACCUGUACAGUCCCCCAUCACAUGCCCACCUCCCUGCCUCCACCACCCUGCCCCCAAACCCAGCAGGUAUGCUUGGCAUGCCCCAGGACUCAUGUCAUGUAGCCACUGCUCCACACCCACACCCCCGUCACAAUCAUUACCCUGACCCACAACACCAAGGCAUGGCAAAUGGACUGUUCCACCAUGGCCAGGGGAUGGGGGGCAGUACUGGAAAUAACAAUUACCAUGGCUAUCAUCAACAGCACCCCCAUGAGAGACUACCAGCUGACCUGGACAUUGACAUGUUCCAUGGCAGCUUGGACUGUGAUAUGGAGUCCAUCCUCCUCCAUGACAUUUUGGACUCUGGGGAGGAGAUGGACUUUAACUUUGACUGCUCCCUAGCUCAGGGUGUGGGCAUUGGAAUGGGGAUGGGCAUGGGCGUGACUGUGGGCAUGGGAAUGGGGAUGAGCGGACUUGCUGGUCCACAGCAAGCUCAUAGCAACCAGAGCUGGGUUCCUGGCUGACGUCCAGGACAACACACCCUGCCCUCAGAAAGAACUACCCUACCCAUAAAGCACUGUGCUCAACUGUGACAUUCCUUGACACAGAGACUAUAGGACCAACACUCCUGUCUUUCUUUGUUGUCUUGACAAUUCUUCUUUCACCUCCUCCUCUUUUGAUCCCCUCCCCUCCCCGAGAGAUCUAGUUCAUGUCACAUUAGGUUUUUCCUCAUAUCAGCUAUACUGUGAUGACAAUCUCUCAGCUGUGCUUGCCCAACAUCGCUUCUCAUCUAACAUGAGAACUGAACUCUCAAUGCACUUUAUUGCAAGUGGGUCACAUCUCGCAGUGCAAUGCAUUCACUGAGCAGCUCAGGCAGAGCUUGGCAUGUUUUGUAACAGUAGGUGGCUACAGGAAAAAAUGAGGAAAUCGCAAGUUCAUAAAGUAAUCUUGGCAUUGAAUUACAUUGGACUCCUUUUCUCAAAGACUGUCAUUGUCAGCAGUAGGGACUUUUUUUUCCUACAAAAAUAGAUUUCUGAUCUGAAAGCAGUUUAACGAUAAUGACAUUCGCAUGCUCAUCAGAUCGAAUUAAUUAUCUUCAGAUCAGAUCAGCAGUCCUGUUAUUUACAGCUUCACGCAUUCAGACCUUGGCACUUUGACUUUUCUAUUGGUUGUAAAAUUUUGUUAAUGCCCUUUUGACAUUGUUUAGAGAAUAUUGUCACUACAUCAUUAAAUGGAUUUUAUCAUCACUGGCUAGCAUGCAAUUCAUUGAAUUAAAAUGUUGCAUCACUUUGUCUCACCUGGGCUUCUCAUGCGAGUUUCUCUCUCUCUCUAUCCCUCUCCCUCUCUCUCUCUCUGCCUGCCAGUGGAGACAAAGUGACCAUUCUUCACACCGAGCCAUUAACGUAGCUUGAUUGAAAUUCAGCAUCUUGCUUUUAAUCUUCAAAGUGAUGCGGCAGCGAUGCGUCAUUAUUGAGAAUCUAACGUGUUGUCCUCCCAUCUCUCACCCCGGCCGCCCGGGCAGCCGCUUGCCUCUCCAGCUUAAUGUGCCAAGAAAGUGAGACAAAACUGUGAUUAACGCCAAGUCACUCUGCCUGCUGUCCUGCUCUGAGGAGGCCAAUGUCACUGACCGCUUGCCUGCUCACAGAGGGUACAAAUGGAAAAGAUGGAGACAAGGAUAGAACAAAAGUCUGUUGUUACAGUGGGAUCAAUCACCAGCCUCAGUUUUCAUGCUGUUUGGGUGUGUGUGUCUGAAAACAGGUAGUGUAUCUGUAUUGUAAAUCAUGCUCAUUGUCUGUAUUUUGUGUUUCCUUGUUCCCAUGUUUUCAGUGCUUAUACCCUGAGCUUCUAACACUUCAAGCAGUGCAAAGAGAGAGAUUUAAGGAGAAAACAAUCAGCCAAUCUGAGUGGCAUAAGUCUAUGUCAAACAGGGUUGCAAAGCCCCACAGCCAUCCACAUCCCCUUUUUGUAUGUUUAUUCUGUUGUCUUGUAGUUGUUGUUGUAUUGUUGAAAUUUUAAGGGCCAACAAGGACAGCACUGAAAUAUCCAUGGUUUACGGAUGGAAUUCAAUGGUGAAAUGAUGUUGGUAGUGCAGUAUGACCUUCCUAUGCUCCAAUACUGUGCACCCUCCCACAUGUGCUCCGCUCAGUUGUCUCUGUGUUUGUGAGUGGGGGGAGUCUGAAGCUUGUUUCUCACUGGCCUUGGGAGAGAAAAAAAGAGGACACCCCUAUUCUUUAAAUCCCCCUAGGAGACUCACUGCAUUUGGUCUGUACCAAGUACGGCACACAAAGGAAAAGAAGAGGGUUAAGGGUGGGGUGGGGGUUAUUGUUACAGCCAAAGGUCAAGCACGGCACAGACUAUCAGACCCAUUACUGAGGUAAAUACCUUUAUUUCAGGGCUUUUAGCCGCACUGGUUCCAGUUAAUCUCUGGGUGGAAAAUGUGUGGAAUUUUCUAAGCAAAUGGGCCUCACAGAGCAGUUAUGUUAAAGACCUGUGCUACAGACAUUAGCAAUGCCCUGCUAUUGGAAAGAGAGCUAUAUAUGAUGUCUAAUUUUCCUAUAUUUAUUUAUGAAAGAGAUUGGUCUUUGUCACUCCUAAAUGUGGUAGUUGUUUAAGUCAACUCCUAUCCCUUCCUCUUUUUUUCUCUGUUUUUUAAGAUGUCACUCUCCCUUUUCCCCUUUUACUUUUAUUUUGUACAAAAUCUAUAUAUUAAGAAUAUUGUAUAAUAGUUUUUAAAAUCUCAAAAGAAUAUCAGUUUUGUUGUCUAUUUCUUUUUUAAGAGAAUGUAUCUCAUCAUCUGGUGACUGUUAAAUAAAUGAAAUUAAAAGAAAGACUUCCUUGUCUUGUCUCAUUUGUGUGACUAUGACCAUAAAGAUACAUUUGUUAUUCAUGAAAACACAACAAAGUGACCUUUUCCUUAUAAUUCAGAGACUCGGAAGUGGGUUUUCCUAAGCUUACUUGUGCUUGUCAAAUUCUGUUUCUCUCAUGUGCUUGUACACAGUAGCUGCCAAGAUGAAUGAAUUUAUGCUGCUUGUGAAUUUAUUUCUUUAUUGUCCAGCUUGUAUCAUUUUAAAAACAUAAGUCCUUUUCACACAAGCAGACAACCCCUCUUGGCAGUCGUGUUUGACCAGGACACCGAGUCUCUGCGUGGGAGGCAGGAGGAGUGGGCUGUAUGAAUGAAAAAUAGGGGGAAAAAAGUGCCUUCACAUAUGUCUGGAAGCAUCACUUGUGUUUCAGACUCUGCUUGAGAAAGAAAGAGAGAAAUGUAUUGGUGUGUGCAUGCGUGCAUGUGUGUGCAAGAGAAAAAUAGUUCAUGACAGACAGACAAAACAAGGAGGCACCCAGACAGCCAGACAGAGUUGGCAGGAUUGGAUUAAUAGGUGUGUAUAUAUGUGUGUGUGUGUGUAUGUCUGUGUGUCAUAAGGCUUGUUAUGGCCUAUGAAGCGGUAUAGGUUGGUCACAGCUGUCCCAGUCCCAUUGGAGGCGUUUUCACAGGAGGAGUGUGCAGCGCUACAGCGCCAUACUGCCAGGCCCCAGGGGAGUCCCCGCCACUACACUCAUGCAGACAUGUACACACACACACACAGACAGACAUCACACAUGCACAUUCACACACAUACAUUUUAAAAUACCACAAAUUCACACAUUCACACAAAGAGGCACAGUUAUGAAACCAAAUGCACCAACACCCACACGCUCAAACAAUCAUUUCUCACUUAGAUGUACAGUUUUAAUUGACUCCACUUGGCAAAGCCUCUCUGCAGGGAGAGAAGUGAGAAGUGGAGGGAAAGGUGUGGAGGGAGGAAAGCAGGCAGCGUAUAUUAAAAGCUAAAGUGCCUGACACAAAAACACACAAUUAAAAUGUGUUUUUGUAAGCAUUUUUGGGGGUCUGAUGAGCUCAAACACGGUCCAGUAACUUUAUAAGAUGUUUCAUAAUUUCACAAUUAGACCAAACUGAGUGUGAUUGAGUGUAAGUGAGACUAGGAGUCUGGCGUAUGGCCAAAGUCUCACUCUUCCCUGCCUUUCUCCUGAGAGAGAUAGAGGUUGAGGUAGACAGGAAGGCAGUCCAGUCCAGGUGCUGUGCCUCGGGGAGGGUCUGCUCUUCUGUUCCUCAUUAUCAGCGAGUGAGAGAAGCUGUGUUACAGUGUCAUUAUUCAUCCACUCAAGCAUCUGGGAGCAGGUCCUUCUUUGCUUGGCCCAGUGAUAUCACUGUAGAGACCGCCCUUGGAGCUAAAGGCUGACUGGGGACACUGCUAACUGCUAACAGACAGAACCACCCAGGCAAGGCUCCAGGGUACAGAUGUCCUUGAGUGCUUAUGAGGAUUCAGCAGUUCUCACUUUCCAGCCGAACUGCAAAGUGAAAAAAUGGUAUACUUCCAAAAUUCAAUUGUUCAUAAAAAGUAUUAACUCACCAAUAUACAGAAGGGGGGAGUUUGAUGUACUACCUCCAGAAUUAAUGCUAAGACUUAUUCUCAGCUACUGCAGCCACUGUGAAAAUAAGCUUUAAUAAUCAUCUUUAUAAUCUUUGCUAUCUUUAUUAGUAAAUAACUUUCCAAAGCAUUGUUUCAAAGGCAUUUGAAAAAAUAGAGAAGAAUAAUGUAGAAGAAAACAAUCAUUCCAUAAAUUCAAAGCUAUAACUUUUAAGAUGUAACUAAGCUCCAAAGAUGCUUAAACAGAUGUUUAAAAUCAAUCGAUGAAAAGUAAAUCCCAAAUGGUAUCUUUUAAUGGAAAAACAGAUUACACACCUCUUUUAACUUGUCUGAAUUACUCUAAGAAUGCC